GAUACAUAAAAAUUUGUAAUUUUAAAUCGGGCCGGGUCGGACGCUAAUCCGGAUCUCCGUAAGCCGGAUCCAACAACUCUCCUAGGCCGCCCGAGACGAAACCAUCGCGCUACUCGAAUCUCUCCCAUCCAUGGAGGUUGCAGCCAUGGCUUCAACCGGCUUUCCGGCGGCGACCCGACUGAGGCUCCCGUCGCAACGCCCGGCGUCAAUGAAUUCAACCCCUUCUCCGUCCAGAGUAUCUCUCUCCUCCACAUUUCUCUCUCCCUUCGCCGGCGGCAGCUUAGUUUCUGAUUUCUCCGGGCAUCACAAGAUAAAACCGGAUUCACUUCACCCGUCUGUUUCCAUAUCCCGCCCUAAACGUUCGGUUGUCACUAUGGUCAUUCCUUUCACGAGGGGAAAUGCUUCAACCCAACCUCCUCCAGAUUUAGCAUCUUACUUUUUUUCGAACCGAAUAGUUUAUCUUGGCAUGUCUCUGGUUCCUUCCGUGACUGAAUUAAUACUAGCAGAGUUUCUGUACCUUCAGCAUGAAGAUCUAGACAAGCCAAUUUUCCUUUAUAUUAAUUCCACUGGGACAACUAAGGGCGAUCAGAAGUUGGGAUAUGAAACAGAGGCUUUUGCAAUUUAUGAUGCAAUGGGGUUUGUCAAGCCACCCAUUUUCACCCUUUGUGUAGGCAAUGCUUGGGGUGAAGCUGCUUUACUUCUUGCAGCGGGUGAAAAAGGAAAUCGUGCUGCCUUGCCUUCCUCUACAAUCAUGAUCAGACAGCCUAUGGGUCAGUUUCAGGGCCAAGCAACAGAUGUAAAUAUAAUGAGGAAUGAAAUGAAGAUUUUGAAAGCGGAGUUGGUGAAACUCUAUUCCAAGCAUACAGGAAAAUCACCAGAACAGAUUGAAGAGGACAUAAGCCGUCCAAAAUAUUUUAAUCCGACUGCAGCAGUUGAAUAUGGAAUCAUCGAUAAGGUUCUUUACAAUGAAAAGAGCAAAGAAGACAGAGGCGUCGUGCAAAGAAGGCAUGAUUUGUCUGCAAACUGACAUCUCUCAUGGUGGGUAUCAAGGCGCGACGUAAGUUUUGACCAUCCACCAUUCACCUGCAAUUUCGCGCAAAAGCCGAUUUGAUGCAUUUGUAUUAGCCUGCAUCUUCACUGUGUUGUGUAUUACCAUAAUGAUGCUGUAAGAUUCACUUUUUCCUUUUCUUUUGGGGGUGGGAGUAACAGAUUCAUGUGGCUUCAUUUCACGAAAUUUGUUGCAGUUAGUUGAACACAAUUCAAUCCUUUUAAAAAUGUUUUGGUUCUUGAAGAAAGUGCUCGACUAAUG